ACGCCUUUUUGUUCCUCCUCCCUACCUGCGACCUCUUGCUUCGAUGCUAGCAAGCAGCAACCGUGGAGAUAGAUGUAUUCUUUCUCGCGCUUGGCCGCUCCUAUUAAUCCGUGGGAGCAGGAAGAUGCUUUCUUGCACGCUGCUGUUAUGAGCAAUUCGUCGAACAGCUUAUGCGCAUCGUGCAAACGGCAAAGCCAAAUCCUGUGUAGUUGAUCCAGCAGACCUCCUUCUCUUUGUUGAAUUCGCUGGUUGUUCUCAACACGUGAACCUCGUCCUUCGACUUAUACUUUGAAAUCUCUGCUUGGACUGGAUGUGAAUCUUGUUCAGAGAAUUAAUUAUGUGACAGCGUGAAGGCAGAUAUGGCAGAUUCCCUGUUUGUUGUUCUCAGAAAAGUUGCUCUUUCCCUGGGAGAAAGGGCACUGGAGAGGAUCGGCACGGAGGUGGUCGAAGCAGCACCGAUUUUGACAGAUUUUGAGCAUAGCAUGAAACAAAUCGAGGGCGAGUUCUCGAUUCUGCAGGCAUUUAUUGGCCAGGUUAGUGCAGAGAAAGUUGGUGACAAGGCAUUUGAUGCAUGGUUGGACCAAGUUAGAGAUGUUGCCCAUGAGGUGGAAGACAUCAUUGAUGAGCAUGCUUACCUUACCGCGCAAGCUGUGGUGGAUACGCGCAGCUUCUUCAAGAGAAAGUUCCUUCAGAUCAAGAACUUUGUGGCAUGUCAGAAGUUUCCUAACCAGAUCAGUCAAGUUGAAGCCAGAAUUCAGAGGCUAGCAGAAAUGAGGCAUCAAUAUGGCAUCUCGAUAGGUGAAUUAGACAGGAGAAACAAGUUGCAGCACUCCAAUCAGCUCCCUAUGCCAGAUUCUGCUUACUUAACUGAUAGCUCUGACAUAGUGGGAAAUGUUGAUGAAAUUGGGAGAUUGACACAAUGGCUACUUGAGGAGAAACAAGACCGGACUCUCAUUACCAUCUUUGGUAUGGGAGGUUUAGGAAAAACUACUGUUGCAAGCAGCAUAUACAAGAGUCAAAAGAUCAGAAGAGCUUUUGAUUGUCACGCAUGGGUUACUGUAUCUCAGACUUAUCAAGUCGAAGAACUACUAAGAGAAAUCAUGAAUCAGUUAGUAGACCAGAGAGCAAGCAUUGCAAGUGGUUUCAUGAAUAUGAGUCGCAUGAGAUUAGUUGAGGUAAUACAAAGCUAUUUGCGGGACAAAAAGUAUUUGAUUGUCUUGGAUGAUGUUUGGGAUAAAGAUGCUUGGUUAUUUUUGAACUCUGCAUUUGUCAGAAACAGCUUUGGAGGUAGAGUGCUGAUGACAACUCGGAGAAAAGACGUGUCUUCUUUGGCAGCUGGCAACUAUAUCAUUGAACUUAAAACUCUAAAAUGUGCUGAAUCUUGGGAACUAUUCUGUAAAAAGGCGUUUCCUGCAUCAAAAGAUAACAUAUGUCCUGAAAAUCUUAGAUCUUGGGCUGAGAAAAUUGUUGCCAAGUGUCAAGGAUUGCCUCUGGCUAUCGUAACCAUUGGAAGUAUUCUGUCGUACCGUGAAUUAGAGGAACAGGAAUGGACAUUUUUCUACAACCAACUUAGCUGGCAAUUAGCUAACAAUCCAGAGCUCAAUUGGAUUUCUAAUGUUCUGAAUCUGAGCUUGAAUGAUCUCCCAAGCUAUCUGCGGAGCUGCUUUCUGUACUGCAGCCUCUAUCCUGAAGAUUACAAGAUUAAAAGAAAAGCGAUUUCCAAGCUAUGGAUCGCGGAAGGUCUUGUUGAAGAGAGAGGAGAUGGAACAACAAUGGAGGAAGUUGCUCAGUGUUACUUUACGGAGCUCACUCAGCGCUCUCUUCUUCUAGUCACAGAAAGGAAUGCAUGUGGAAGGGCUAGAACAUUUCUGAUGCAUGAUCUUGUGCGAGAGGUAACCUCGAUCAUUGCUAAAAAGGAGAAUGUUGGUGUUUCAUAUGGCGAUGCUGGUAUAACCCAAGUUGCCCAUGAAGCCCGUCGCUUAAGCAUCCAAAAAGGUGCCCGGUCCUUAAAAUCUUUAGCAGGCUCAAGACUCCGCUCGUUCAUUUUGUUUGAUACUGAAGUAGCAUCGUCUUGGAUAUAUGAUGUUUUAUCACGUUUUAGACUACUGAGGGUCCUAUGCCUAAGAUUUUCCAAUAUUGAACAAGUGCCGGGCGUGGUCACAGAAUUGUAUAAUUUGCGUUAUCUAGAUUUUUCUUACACAAAAGUGAAGCAGAUACCAGCAUCAUUCAGAAAACUUGUUAAGCUACAAGUUUUGGAUCUGAGAUUCAGCUACGUGGAGGAAUUGCCACUGGAAAUAACUAUGCUAACCAAUUUACGGCAUUUACAUGUGCUUGUAAUCCAUGAUCUUCAGGAAAGAUCAUUGAAUUGCUUUGGUGCUACAAAAAUUCCUGGUAAUAUUUGUCAUUUAAAGAACCUGCAAGCUUUACGAAUUGUUUCGGCCAAUAAAGAUCUGGUUUCACAGCUGGGGAGCUUGACAUUGAUGAGAAGUUUAGCUAUAAACAAAGUGCAUCAAAGCUACAUUGAAGAGUUAUGGAACUCCCUGACAAAGAUGCCUAACCUGAGCAGGUUGGCUAUUUCUGCGUGUGAUAUGGAUGAGGUUCUUGACUUGAAAAUGCUAAAGCCCUUACCAAAUCUGAAGUUGUUCUAUCUGGCAGGAAAGUUGGAGGCAGGUGUGCUUCCAUCAAUAUUUCCUAAAUUUGAGAAAUUAGCAUGGUUAAAAUUGGACUGGUCUGGUCUGAAGAAGGAUCCUAUCAGCUCCUUCUCUCACAUGUUAAAUCUAGUUGAUCUGUGGCUCUUCGGUGCAUAUGAUGGGGAACAGCUAACCUUUUGUGCAGGAUGGUUCCCCAAGCUCAAUUCUCUGCAAUUAGCUGACAUGGAACAUCUGAAUUGGAUUGAGAUAGAGGACAGAACAAUGACAGGUCUACAUCAUUUGGAACUUAUUGGUUUACGGAAUCUAAAGGUGGUACCGGAGGGCAUCAAAUACAUUAGGACACUCCACCAGUUGUUUCUGACAGAUAUGUCAAAGGGGUUCAUACAAAGCCUGCAAGGAAAUGACAAUCACAUCGUUCAACAUAUACCUAACAUCCAUAUUUUUGACUCCUCUGAUUGUCAAGCAGUAAAUAACUUCCAUUUGGUGCCACUCCUUGCCAAGAAGUACGGUCCUGGUGCAACUAAGCAUGCCCCUGCAUACUGGGGCUCAUCUGGCACUUGACAGUUCGGCUGGAGCUUUCAGCAAGAAAUAUGUAUUCCUUUGCAGGCCAAUCAUUUCAAGAGUGAACAAUAUGUAGUUCAUCUUGGUGCCAAAACUCUAGAUGAGCUUAUUGUUUGUGUUGUGCCUCAUAUACGGGUUUCGAACCUAGCUACUGAAAUGAUUUGCUACUGUCAGUAAGGAUGGACUGAAGAAAAAUUCGGCAUCUGUUUUCAUGGAGGCUGAGGCGCAAGUUUUCAGUUGAAGAUUGUGUAUUUGUUGACUAUCAGGAAAGUACAUGUAGAGCAUUUCGUCUCGUCACAAAUCUCUGCUUAAAUAAGCAGCCAAUACUUGAGAGGAGACUGGCUUGCCUUUUUGUUUGGUGAGUUCGGGCCUCUGUGCCUUAGAGACUCAUGUAUGACAGCGAAGAAGCAAUAGGCUCAUCUUCAGGGCAGGCUACGCUGAAAUCCCUCAGAAGUCACAAUUGCAAUGCCGUCUUUCAUCUGCAAGGUAAACAUAUGAUUUAUUGUCAAGCAAGGAACAUCGAAAUGUCUACAUCUGGUGAAGACUAAUGCAAACGAGGCUAUGUUACACUCAGGGGCUGCUAGCUUGUGUGGUGUUGCAAAAGUCUACUUGAAAAGAGAAAAAAAGGUUUCUUGAGUUCUUGCGAUGCCAGCAUGGUGGAUAUUUCAAAAAGGAAAAAAAAAUCGACAGCCCAUAAUAUUUGACGAAAUGGCUUUGACAAGGAACUCAGAAAACAUCUGACAACUACUCGUUCUACUUUUAGAAAAAUCCAGUUGAAGCGCCUUUUGGUGGGGUGAUGAAUUGCGAGUUAAAAAGCUAAUGCCCCAUGGUAAAUCUUGUAUGUAGGGAUGGCAAUGGGACUGUCACAGUUCGAAGUUUGUGUAAGAAACCGUUCAAUUCUUAGUCGAUCAACAAGCAAUCACAGCACACACACAAUAGCCAUAAUAGUAGGAACAAAGAUGUAGAGAGAAGGGGAGUUCUUUCUUUUAAUCUUUCUUGAUCUCUCUAUUACAAUAUAUGGCAAAGGCUAGUAGCUGGUUGCUGCCUUCUCCUGUAUAGAGCAUCAUGUUUGAGGGUCUCA